GGCUGUCAGUCAGUGUCAGCAAUCGGAAUGUUUUGUGACUUGUGUCUAGAGUCUCAUGUUCGCGCGCCGGUUAAAAAAAUGUAAUAUAAUGUGUUUAAAACAGUAAUUUAACUAUAGUUUUCUAUUUUGUUUUCAAGUUAUUACAAUGAGUGCUUCAUUCGAGGAUACAGUGUUUGAUUUUGAUUUAAAUUUUCUCAAUCAACCUACAACAUCAAACACGGAACAAGAUACUCAGACAAGAUUAGAGAAGCUCAGAAGAUCUAUUAUUUACUUGAAAAAGAAAGUUGUUUUUGCUGAUGCUGCCGUGUGUAGAUAUAAAACUGCGAGACAUUAUGCAAGAGUAUUGGAAAAUAAUCAAUUGUACUCCAAUGAAGGGUGCAAACAACAUCUUAUUGAAAUAAGAAACUUCAUUGAUAAAGUGGGCAAAUUAGAAACUGAAAACCGGCAGUUAGAAGAAAGGAUCAAAGAAAAGAAUAAAGAAAUUGGUGACUUACAAAACAAAUAUGAAGCUCUUGAAAAAACAGGAAAUCAGAUCCAGUUGCUGCUUAAAGAGAAAAGUAAACAGCCAGAUCCACCAAAGGCGAUUUCUAAUGUUGAUAAAGACAAGAAAAAAGAUAAUUGUAAAUCUUGCAACAAGAAUCAAUUAAAAUAUGAUAUACUAGAUAAAGAAGUUGAGACUCUCCGCAAAGACAAUAAUAGACUUUCAUGGUUAGAGAGAGAUAAUGAGAAGCUUCGCAAGGAGAAUGCCAGAAUACCAAGCUUGGCACAAGAAAUUUUGGAUCUUCGUAAGGAAGUUUCCGACCUUGCUACGCCAGACGCCAUUAAUGAUGGUAUCAAAAAGGCUACUGCAAAAAUACAAUAUUUACAAAAAGAAAUUGAUGAACUACUAAAGGAAAAUAGUAAAAUUGUAAAGUUAGAAAAAGAAAUUGAAGUACUUCGGGCAGAGAAUGCCAAAGCUAAAAAUUUUGAAAAAGAAAUAGCAAAACUCCAUAGAGAAACUGCGAAGAUUCCGAAAUUGAAGCUGGAAAAUGACAUUCUACGUAAAGAAUGCACUAAAAUUCCUAAUUUGGAGAAAGAAGUUUCAGUGCUCAGUGUCAAGAAUGCCAAACUUGCGAAUUUGGAGAGACUUCAUAAGAAUCUUUGUGAUGAGCUUGUUAAAGUCCCAUAUAAGGGGAAAGAGUUGGAAAAUCUACUCUCGCGUUUUAACUUGGCAGUUACUCCCACAGGUACACCACAGAAACAAGGAAAACAUAAUUCUGUUCAUAAUGAUACCAGUGAAGUGGAUGAUAUAGAAGGAGCUGAAGAUACCGUUGUACCUUCCACACCAGUCCGUACAGCUGCCGACAAACAAGCUGGCCUUGUCAAAAGUGCACCUGAACCACGCCUGUCCACUGAUGAUGAUAUUACUGAAGUUGUGGAUGUAGACACCGGUCACAGAACUUCCCUUAACAACUCCAAUAUUGAAACACCGUCAAAAUCUAUAGUUCAGAUGAAGGAUAGUGUUAUAACUAGCACAGUGCCCGUUAUAGUAUACAAUGAGAGUCAAGGUCUUCACCGAAAUAAGAACACAAAUGAAAAUCUUCAUACUCAGAGUGUUUCUAUAGUUUCAAAAUGUGUUCCAAAGGACAUGACCAGUCCAAAUCAUUCAGAAGACCAUACUCCAUCGAAAUCCGAAGUUAAAGAAAAUGUUUUAAGAGCUACAGUUCCUACUAUUGUGUACAACCAGAAUCUAGAUGUUUCAUGCAAGAAAGUUGAAGUUCAAGGACAUAAUGAUCAGAUUGAGAGAAUACACAAUUAUAACCUGUCUAAAGACAAGACUCAAGUUCCCACUAUAAUGUUCAAUGACAAUAAUAUAUGCUUUGAUGAGAAUGUAGUUGAAAGCCAAGAAUAUGAUACCCAGAAAGUGUCCACUGCUCCAAAAUGUGUACCAAACAAUAACACACCUAUUGCAACUAUGUCAGAUCAGAUUGCAACUUCAAAAGUCCAGUGUCAAAAAAGUGUUAUAACUGCAGUUCCCACUAUUGUAUACAAUCAGAAUGUAGACCAUUCAUCCAAUGAUAAUCCAGUUGAGCCUCAAGGACAUGAUGGUCACGGUACACAUAGAAGUACACAGAUUGCACGGGAGAGAGAAAGUCUUGAAUUGAACAAUAGUAAAGUACGAGAAAGCCGCAUUGAACUAGAGUUAGAAAAAAUAUUCAGUAACAUGAAAAUGUCCUUUAAUGCUGUGACUCCUAUCCCAAAAACACCAACAAGAGUAACUGAAGAAAGGAUUAUUACUAACCCCACAGAGAAGUUACUAAAAUGCAUGAUGUUGAGUGACAAGAGUGAUAAACUUCUGCUAAAACUAAAAGAACAUAUGCAUUGUCAUACUAAAGAGUUGUUUUGCCAAUCAAAUCCUAGAUUUGCACUCCAAACUCAUAUUUUUGAAUCGGAAAGUAGAACUGCAAAGUAUAAGAUAGAUAAAUUAAUCCAAUGUUUUGAAGCAAUCUUAAGAUCCAAACAGAUCUUAAGUGAAGAUUCAAUGGAUAUGCAACCAAACUUACAAAUAUCGGAGCAACCAUUGUAUAAUAAAGAAAAUAAUUUAGAUUCAAUAACUAACAAACGAUUACCAGAAAGAGAUGUAGACAGUUUUCCUGAAGAUAUGGAGAACAUUCAUGCUGUUACAGACCUAGGUGAUGAUCCAGAUUUAUGUGAUAAUACAUCUCUAUUUGAUGAUACAGAAGUUAUGCAAGAGGAUACUCAUAUUUCACAAAACCAUCAAGAAGAUUUGUCUGUAUCGUUGAGCGAAAACGUUAUUGAAUCGUCUGCAACACAGUUACCAGAGAAAGAUAUAAUUAUUUUGCAUAAUUUACAAGAUGAGAAUAGACCAUCUCAAAUAUCAAAACCUGUUACAGUUGACAAAAAACAAGAGAGAUCUACUGUUAAAAAUAAAAUGUUUAAAGCUUCUGAUAGUGUAAGACGUUCAAAUAUUACUACUCAAAAGAAGAAACGAAUCACAAGAGGGGUCAAAAAUGUAACUAGUAAGAAACAUACACAGUUAGAUAAACUGAAAAAACGUCUUCAACCAAAGUAUAAAAUUAGGAGAGAGUCUCCGCUGUUACAAAAAUCGAAUAUAAAGCCAAAACCUAUGCCUCCCACCAAAAAGACGGUAUCAGCAAAUGAUACCUCUGUAUCUCUCAAUAAUAAAGAUGUCUAUGAAAAAGCCGUUAAAGUAAUGGCUGAAAUAAAUUCGCAAAAGUCUAAAAUGUUAAAAUCUCCACCUGUACGAAGAAAAUCUAUGUUAUCUCCAACACAUAAAAUGUCUAUCGAAGAUGAGAUUGACGUAAUACCUAAUUCACCGCCCAGAAUGACUCGUGCUAUGUCUCUAAAGCUUAGUGGUUUGGACAUAGAUACUGACAUCAGUUAUGAUAAAGUACCAAUGACAUCGCCUAAAAAUACACAGCCUUUACUAUCUCCAAAGCUCAGAAAUUCUUUGAACAAAGAGGCUGGGCAAAAUGUUAACGAAAUUACCUCACCUACAACAUGUAAGGGUACUUUGCUUCUUGCAGUUGAUAGAAGUGGCGACAAUGUACCAAACUCAACACCCAAACACACUGAAUGUCCUUUAUCCUCGAAGCUCAAUGAUUCUGUGCAAACUGAAAUUGAUGAUAGUGAGGAAAUAGUACCAACUUCACCAGUCGAAGACCCAAAAACUCCGUUUACUUUCAAUAUCGAAACUAGUGGUGGUGAUAAAGUACCAUGUUCACCACCUAAGGAACUUAAAACUUUCACUGUGCUUGAGAGUACUAUGGAAAUUGAAGUAAAUAGUAGUUGCGGGGGUAUUAUAUCAAAUUUACCACCCAAAGAACUGCAAACUCCUAAGAGUACUGUGCAAGUCAAAAUGAAUAAUGAUGAUAAAAUGCCAAAUGAAAAACGUGUCAACAUUAAUGUGGAUAUUGUAUCAGAUUCACCAGUUGAAGUCCCAACCACUUCAAGGCGUAAGAGCGCUACGCAGAUUGACAAUAAUAAUUGUGAUAAAGGACAAAAUCCACCAACCACAACUUUAUUGACCACGAGGCGUAAGAGUGCUUUGCAAACUGAAAUAACUGUUAGUGGUAAUAAAGAACAAAAUUUAGUAUCUGGUGAAGCUGAUACUCCAGGUCCCGCAAGACGAAAGAGUGUUGUACAGUUUGAGUUAAAUACCAACGGUGAUAAAGUAACAAAUUCACUAAAUAAAGAUCCUAAAACUUCACUGUCCACGAGACGCAAGAGUUGUUUAGAAAUUGAAAUUAAUAAAGAAAGUGAUAAGGUUCAAAGUUCACCACCCCAGGAACCAAAAACUCCUUUGUCGCCAAGGCUGAGGAGUUCUGUGCGUACCGAUAUCCACAAUGAAGCUAAUAAAGUAUUAUAUUCCCCACCGAAAGUAACAAAAACACCACUGUCUCCAAGAUUAAGGAGUUUUACGCAAAACGAAUGUUACAGUAGUAAUUCACCACCGAAACAAACAAAAGCUCUAUUGUCUCCAAGGAGUAGGAAUAUUAUACAAGAUGAUUUAGAUCAAAUACCACAAAAGAUCUUGAUCACGCCUAGAACUAAGAGAAAGAUAUCAGAAUUAUUUGAUAACUGUGCAGUAGUUUUAACAAAAGACGAGACACUACUGGAUUCUGUAGCAAAUAAAAACUUAGUUCUCGAAAAGGCGCAAGAAGAAACCGAGUCGCAAACUGUAAGGGCAGCAAGAAGAAAACGCAGGUCUUCUUCUGAUGAACCUCUUGUGCAACCAAAGAGAAUAUUGCGUAGUUCUGGUCAAAAGGGAGAAAGCGAUAGGAAGUCUGGAGAAAACACAAAUUCCAUAGAAAGUACUUCGAAACUACAACAAAGCCCGAAACCUACUACCCAAAAAAUUGUUACAUAUGAUGACUUGGAUAUGUGGUCUGAUGAUGACCAUCAGGAACUAGCUAAACUUCAGGAAUUAGUUCCUAACAAGGAAUCAGUUACUACAAAUGAUGUAAACACAGAAAUUUGUCAUCCAAAAGAGAGUAUUUUGUGUUGCAUGAUAGAAAAAUAUGGAGUGGACUCUGUGAAACCAUUUGCAAAGAAACCUUCAGAUUACGCAAUUAAACAAUUAUGCGAAAAAAUUGAAAAAGAAAUUACAACCAUAUCAGAACUACCAAUGAAUGAAACGAAAAAUGCCAUGAACAAGUUAGUUGCUGAUUUACGAAAAACAAACCACAAACUCUUUAUAACCGCCAUGAUGAAAUAUUUAACAAAACCAGAAAGGAAACAGGAGUUAUUUGGAAAAAUAUCUUUAACAGCUGCUCCGGCUAUGACUAAGGCUGAACAAAUUCUACUCUAUGUGGUAGCACAACUAAAGAAUCACUGGCCUAUUGAUAUUGUUGACGCAAUAUUGUCCAACAUUGAGUACACAUUGUUCAGAUUGAACAGAACACCAGAAUUUGAUGUGAUUGAAAGUAUGUCGCACUUCUAUGCUCUCCUGUGUAGAUAUAUUGGAGCUAAAAGCCGUUUACGGCUGUUUAUUCUGGACGCCAUGUAUUGUAUUCAAUAUAAAUCUGUGCCGUUGAUAAAGCAAUGUAUUGAAAUAUGGAUGCAUAUAAUACCAUUAGCGCAUAUGGGUAUUGCCAAGAACCCUCUGGUGACAUGUUUGGUAUAUCUCUUACAUUUCUACAAGUGUGAUGAUAAAUUGAACAGAGUGCAAGAUAUUAGAAACAUUUUAAGCCGAAAAUAUUUCUAUCAGAUCACAGACUGGAAUGAGACAAAAAUACUAGAAAUGUUUAAAAACUGUAUCAAGGAUUUGAAAGAUAUUCCCAUUGACAAGAAAACGUUGAGAUUGGCUCUGAUUAUUCUUGCCAAGCGACACGGACCGCGGUGGUGUCAAAAUAAUAUCAUUAAGAAUUUACUUCAACCAAUGAUAGAAAAGGAAGGAGUAUCCGACAACGUGAAGGAGUUUUGUGUGUCGAUGAUUGGGCCUCUGAUGAAACCAUACCCAGUUGAUAUGAAAAUAUAUUGUGAGAUAGCUAUGAAUCAACUUACUGAUAUUCUUAAAAAUAAUCCAUCACCCAAAAUGGAAGAAGCUGCAAUCACCAGUAUGUUAUUCAUCAACAGACAUAACCAGGAUAGUAUUAACAAAAUACUUUUAACGCGUAAAAUGAAACCAUUGUCGCCGGAUCUUGAAAAAACUUUAUGCGAUUACGUAAAAACAAAGCCAUUGAAAGUGUGGAAGAAACAUCUUUCCGUAAUAGCUCGCGUAACUUAAUAUUUUAGUGUUGUAUUAUUUAACUAAGUUGACUAUCUGCUAAGCAGAUAUACAUGUAUAAUUUUGUGUAUGUGUAGUAUUAAUUAGGUACAGUUUUAACAGCUGUUCAUUUUGAGAAUUGAUAUAUUUGUUCUAAGUAGAAUAUAAAAACUAAGUAUCUGUGGAUUAGUAUUUUUGAGUCAGAGAUUGUCUUUUCGAUUAAGACAAAAGAAUAGUCAUAAUUUAAGGAUUUUGGGUAUAACCUUAAGUAAGGAUUACUUAGUGGUAAUUUCAAGUAUAGUAUACUAUAAGUCUCUAAUUUAUGUCAUUUGAUAUUAAUAAUAAGUUAUAGUGUUAUGUAAAGGUACUAUUUAGCUGAUAUUUAAUCGAUCUCAUUAAAAUAUGCUUCUCCAAUUUGUUUUCGUACUAAAAUUAAAUGUUCUAGAUAGUCUAGAACCUUAGAUGUGGCGUCUAGAUGUACCCUCUUUCAAAUUAUUAAAUAAAAUGGGAACUCCAUAAAUAUUUUCGGCAAUAAACUAAAGUUUCAGCUGUUCUUGGAGAGAAAACAAAGGGUUUUAUUUCAAAUAAUAAUGCAUUUAUUGCAUGUGGGUUCAUAUGUAGAAGUUGUGAAAAUCGCUAAUAAAAAUCUGUACUUAGUAUGAGUUUGCUUUACGACUAACGAAUCGAAACGAGAGCGCGUUCGGAGCUCUGCUUGGUUGGUUUCAAUUACUUUAAACGUAAAGCAAACCCAGUAAGGGUACAGUAGCUGCUUUUAUGAUCAUAUUGGGGCAUGAAAGUGAUGCACAAUACAUAGGUUUUUAUCAGUGUAAAUACCUUACAACUUAUGGUACAAAAUAAUAUAAUCAGUUUUAACUGUACAGUUAAAUCGUAGGUCCUACCGGUCCUAUACAGCCUACACACAAUACGAUUUAACUGUACAAUUCGACUGUUAAACUGCACAGUUAAAUAGUAUGGUGUGUAGCGUGCAUUAUAUGAACAUUGUAACUUCUUUUAAUUGUACCAAUCUAACUGUAAGACCUCUAAGUAUAACAAGUUGUGAUUUGAACUGAAUAAAACCCAUAUUUUAUGCUAUA